UUAUCUGAUGGCCCUGAUCUGAUCAAUAUUGCGGGGUCCGAUAGGGGGCGUAGGUACAGAUUUCACGGUACCUCGGCGCAUUCUACCAAUUUCAACAACGAUCUUUUGCAAACUAGUUGGUGUAUACCUAGGUGCACUCAAUUAUCAUCGGAAUACCACGUUUCAAUAAAUAACAGCGGUGCUAUGAUCAAUCUCAAGCGAAAUCGUUCAUCUCGAAUGUUGCGUCUUAGAAUUGUCGUACUGUAUCACUCCGCCAGAGAAUUAUCACAUUACAGCGCUUACAGGCGGAAUUACCAGCCCCUCUCAAACAGCAGAGCCAUUUAAAGCGUGUAUAAAGUUACCAACGGAAUAUCAAGAAUGGAAAUCAACUCCGAGAGAUACAUAAGAAACAGUCUACAGAAUCUAGACGUAUAUGUAAAGCUUAAAGCUAGGCUAUGCUAGGCAGGUCAGGACAAGAUCCCAGAUCAGAUAGCUUUCCUAGCUGAACUACCUAGCAAUGGAACGGUGGAUCGCGCGGGGUGCCAUGACGCUUCCGACUUCCUUUCAGAAAGAGAUAAUGCCGAUGUCGCCCUCGCGAUACAUGAGGUUCUAGUCCACGCUUAAAGUUCAAUGCUGAAUCUCCUCUACUUUAUUUCAUAGCAAUGCUUGAUGAGAGACGAUACUGACUAACCUCUAUGGCACGAUUGAAUGGGCAUGUCUUUGUUGGUGGGAAGGUGUUCUUACAUGCCAAACAGCCAGGGCUAGAUACGAAGCCUGAGUUUGGAGAUGCAAUUUACAUCCACGAAGGAAUAAUUAAACACGUUGGCUCCGAAAACGACGAUGAGAUUUCCCAAGCUCGAGCCGACGGCGCUACCGUCCACCAAUUGAACGGACGGACUGUUCUCCCGGGGUUCAUCGACGGCCAUAUUCAUUUGUUGAGAUUGGGGCAAUCAUUGAGCAAGGCCGCACUCGAUCACUGCGAGAACUUGGAAGAUGUGCGGAAAGCCAUCAAAGACCAUGCGACCGCAAAUCCCGAUGAGCCACGAAUUCUAUGCAAAGGAUGGAUGAGAUAUAUGUCAAAGCCUCUAGCGAGCUUGAUUGAUGAUUUAGAUCCUCGACCCAUUUACAUAGAUUCUAAAGAUCUUCACACUACCUGGUGUAGUACACCCGCAUUAAAGGAACUCGACGCCCAGAAUCUUAAAGAUCCAGAGGGAGGCAAAAUUGAGCGGGACUCUAAUGGAAACCCCACAGGUGCCUUUGAUGAGGCAGCUGUCUUCAAUAUUAUUUGGCCUUUCCUUGCCUCGGUAGCGACUAAAAAGGAUCGCGAAGAAUGGAUUAGGGCCGCAGUCCAGACGUAUAAUGCAUCCGGCUAUAUAGGGGCCAUAGAUAUGGCGAUGGAGGACCAGGCUUGGGAUAUUUUACUUGCCAUACGCAAAGAGGAGCCCGAACGACUUUUACCAUUCCGACUCGCAGCAUAUUGGCUUAUGAGACCCUCGACCUCAGAAUCGGACUGUCUUGCGCAAGUAGACCGUGCCAUCGAGGUACAUAAGCAAUUGAGCGCCGAAGAGUCCCCCGACCUCCACGUUGUUGGUAUUAAGGUAAUCUGCGAUGGCAUUGUCGACGCCUGCACCGCCUAUUUAUCAGAACCAUAUCUUAAGGGAGUCGAUGCCACUAAGGCUUCUACUGGUCAACCAUUCUGGGACGCUAAGAUCCUGAACGAAGUUGUCCGCAAAGCCGAUGCUGCGGGUCUGCAAAUCGCGCUCCACGCCAUCGGAGACGCAGCCAUAUCCAUGGCCGUCGACGCUCUAUCCACUUGCUCCCCUCUGAACCGCCACCGUAUAGAACAUCUAGAGCUCGCGUCCGCGAAAGAUGCUAAGCGGCUAGGUGAGCUAGGGAUCACCGCAUCCGUCCAACCCGUCCACGCCGACCCAUGGAUCCUCCGCGCCUGGCCGUCCCUCCUAGGCCCGCACCGCUGCACCCGCGCAUUCCCCUACCGUGAGUUUUCCGACGGCGGAGCCGCACUAGCCCUAGGCAGUGACAGCCCAACGUCACCAUGGGAUAUCAUGGGCAAUGUCUACGUAGCCACGACGCGGAAAUCAUAUCGUAACACCGCAUACGACGAGGUCGUUAAUUAUAACUUCCGCCUCGGCGUGUGUGAGUCCGUCGUUGCGGCUAGUUAUGGCUCGGCUAGGAGUGUGUUUUGGGAUGAUCGGCUGGGGAGUUUGGAGGUUGGGAAGGUGGCGGAUUUGACGGUUUGGGAUAUGCAGUGGGAUAGGGAUGCCCUGUUGGGUGCAAAGGUUGAGGAGACUUGGUUUGGUGGAGAGAGGGUUUGGAAGAGGGUAUAGGGGGUUGAGGUGUGUUAGGUAUAUAUACUGAGAUGAAGUGCAUCCUAUUUUGGGACGAAAGAUUCAAACCGCCAUUCAUCUCCUUGUAUAACUUAGAUAAGAAUGAGAUCCAAAACAUCUGUGCCGGGCAGGUAGCUAGUCCUGAUAGAAAACAAAUUGAUUGAAUCAAUGUAUCGGGAAGAUUGUAAACGAAUGCAUUUUUAAAUAAGGUCCCUAAAGUCAUUCUGAGAUCUUGAGAUUAA